UUCUUAAAAUGUUUAUGGGAUUGAUCGUUUAUGCUUUAAUUUUAUUCUUCUUUCGUAUAUUCUCUUGGCACUUGCGAUUUUCUCAAAUUCACUACGCCUGGUGAUUGGCUUAUUAAAUGAUAAACGGUAGCAUGACAGACACAAUUUCAUCUUACCGAUACUUCUCGUAUCUUGCACGUUGCACGCAUCAUAUAUGCGGAUAUAAAUAAGGAUAAUAAAGAUUACAAAUAUCGCAGUAUUAUCAUCUACUUUUACUCUUCUGUUACUUAUAUAUUACACAUAAUUUAAUGCACUGCUUCUUGCUUGUAGUUGGUAUCAUUAAAAUCUUGGAAUAUUCGAUACGUACAUAAUGAUUAAGAGUCACAGUUUAUAAGAGUUAAGCUUAUCGUCUUAUCGCGUACUUGAAAGUCUUGCGAGUUCUUUGCAAAAUAAAGGUUCUUAGAUAAAUGUACUUGCAUACCGGUUACAUGUUGAUUAAAAGAGGAAAGCUUUCUCAACUAUUACGACAUCGGAUCGUAUAGUUUAGUGAUUAAAAAUAAUAUAUAAAUAUUUUUCGCCACGUAAAGCAUUGUAAAUUAAACAUGAAAUGAUUACUCGAUGUAGAUUACCGUUCAUAUGUGCGAUAUUAGUUUUAUUUUAUUUGUGUGAUCAAUUGUACGCGAAACACAUGACCGAAUUUGUUAAACCUGUACAAAAUUUAACUGUGAAAGCUGUACGAGAUGAGAGGUAUACAGAGACUAGUGAUGCUUAUAAACUAUUAAAAUUAAACAUAUCAUGGUUAUCCACAAACAAUAACAAACGUACUCUCUCGUACAGCAUUAUAAUCACAGGUAUAUCAAGCAAAGAAACAACAGGUGCGGAAUGUCCGGAAGGAUCAAUUUUCUAUACAUUAAACAAUGAUAAGCAAUUGAACGUGCUCCUACCUGAGGACAAUGACUUUGCGGAUAUGCCGGAUCUACAUAUUCAACCCGGUUGUACUUAUAAAGUACAAGUUAUUGCAAAUCCGAGAUUAAAGCAUAUGAAAAAUUCGCCGGAAAUUUUGUAUACGGUUCCAGAAUGCGUCGGUCGAGUAUGUAGCUGUCUUAAAGCCAAAUCAACACUGCCAAUUCCAAAAGUAAAUGUUAUUCUAACAACACAGCAGAUAAUUGUAAAUUGGAGAGUAGAUUCUAAUACUUCUGAAGUUUCUUUUUAUUUAAUCAGCAUCGGUGUACCUCGUCUAACGUCGAAAAAAGGACUGCCUAUAUAUAAUAUUAACAAAAUAGGACAAGUGCCUGCAGAAAGGACAGUGUUCCUAUGGAAUUUAAAAUUGAAUGAGGAAUAUAUGAAAGUUAAAGAUGAUUACAAAGUUAUGGUUACUGCAGUAAAUAAUUAUGGCUGCUUUGGAGAAACAGGAAGUUUCAUUAUAAAUUCUAAGUUGCUAAAUGACAAGACUAUUUGGUUCAUACUAUGUGGAGUAAUAAGCGGUUGUAUUCUAUUUGGAGUUUUAAAUUUGAUAUUAUGUCAGAACAUACCGCAUCUUUCGUUUGUUAGGAUACGUACAAUUUCCAAACAUAGAUCUGAAUGGACAGAAACAAUUCUUCAAAAACACAACAUUUUAUAUGAUAUGUAUGGAUUUAAGGAGAAAAACGAAGAACACGACGAAUACGAAGACAUCGAUGAACUACAAGUACGGUUCGAAAGCAUAAAAUUAAUACGUGAAUUGGGUACUGGACAAUUUGGAAAAGUGUAUCUUGGUUAUUUAAACGCUAAUAGUAACGUUUUAAUAGCCGUAAAAACGUCUCAAACAAUUAGUGUUUCCACUGAAUUAGAAACCCAGCAACAGAUUAUAAACGAAAUUGAAAUAAUGAGAAGGGCAGGAACACAUCCAAAUUUAGUGAGCCUUUUGGGUUAUUCUAUUCAACCAAACAGAUCAAUAUGCAUUCUAUUGGAAUACAUGCAAGGUGGAGAUCUAUUAACUUAUUUACAUACACUUAAAAAGAAAAAGUUGUGUGAUAUAAGUGUUCAAGAUAAUCAAGAUGUUUUGGAAGGAUUACUUGAGUCAAAUACUUCAGAAGGUAAGCUUUACAUGAAUCAAUUAAAGAUUUUACUGAAUUAUGUUAACACCAACAAACUUGGGCAAUAUAGCAACAUAUUUAAUAAUCAAGAAGAAGAAACAAAAUGUAUAAACCAACAUUGGGUUGGUCAAAUAGAAAAACAUCAAUUUCUGAAAUUUGCUAUAGACAUUUCAAUGGCUAUGGAACACUUGGAAGUCAAAGGAAUUACUCAUAGAGAUCUUGCAGCUAGAAAUAUUCUUCUUACCACAGAUUUAACUGCUAAGAUUUCUGACUUUGGGCUUUCACGUAAUGGUAUAUACAUGAUAAAAGAUAUCGAAGAAAAAUCACGUCGUCUUCCAAUAAGAUGGAUGUCACCAGAGGCACUACGGGAUAGAAUUUUUUCUUCAAAAAGCGAUGUAUGGUCUUAUGGUAUAGUACUUUGGGAAAUUAGCACUUUAGGUGCCUUUCCAUACUCGAACGUGCAAAAUGAUUGUUUGUUACGUUACAUUAUUCAUGAGAACGGUCGUUUAGAGCAACCGGAUAAUGUUCCAUCGUGUAUAUACAAAAUAAUGUGUUCCUGCUGGGCUUCCGAUCCCGAGGUUAGGCCGAAUUUUACGCAACUUCUUAACGAAUUAAAAACAUUAACUGCUUCGUUAGAUUCUCUUCGAUUAAUAUCUAAUCCUUGUUAUGCAUUCUCAUGUUCGAACGAAAACACUUAAUGUUAAUAGUGUUUGAUUAAAAUUCAUGUAUCUGUGGAAAUAU